AUGGAGCAGCAGAUACAGAGCAGUGGAUAUGGAACAACGGAUAUGGAGCAGUGGCUAGGAAUAGCUGAAGUCUUGGAUACUACUGAGGGAAAUGUAAACUGGAGUCACGGGGCGCGGCAGCUUUCAGGGUCCUUCAGCUGUGACAGUCCCCCGGGGCGGCGAGGGCUUCUCAGGUCGCACCACCCACGGCGACACGGGGCGAGGGUGGGGGUGGAACCGGAGGGCAGCCUUGGAGGGCGGGCUGCGGUGAGAGCCGGGCCUCCCGAGCGCCUGCAGUGGGCAGUGGGCAGUGGGCGUGAGGACCGGGCCCGGGCACUGCCCGCGCUCCGGGGCGUCGCGGAGAGCCGGCGCAUCCUGGCCGCGCUGUGCCGGGACUACCGGGGCGGCGCGCUCAUGGGCGACCUGUGCGAGGACCUGUGCGUGGCGGCCACCCUGCGCUACCAGCGCUGCCUGUACUACGAGAGGGGCAAGAAGGUGCUGCAGGCCGAGUGGCGCGGCCGGCCGGUCGUCCUCAAGUCCAAGAGGGAGGCCUUCGCCAGCUUCCAGCCGCCCGGGCUGCUGCCGGACGACGCAGAGGGCGCGGCGGGGCGCGAGGCCGAGGCCGUGAGCCGCAUCGCGCUCAGCUUCCUGGACAUGGUCAAGCACUUCGACCAGGACUUCUCCCACCGCCUGCACCUCUGCGACGUCAAGCCCGAGAACUUCGCCAUCAGGGCGGACCUCACAGUGGUGGCUAUCGAUGUGGACAUGGCUUUUUUUGAACCAAAAAUGAGGGAAAUCCUUGAGCAAAACUGCACGGGGGAUGAAGACUGCAAUUUCUUUGACUGUUUUUCAAAGUGUGAUUUGCGAGUCAACAAGUGUGGAGCACGACGCGUGAACAGCAACCUGCAAGUAAUCUGUGACAAAAUAUUCCGCCAUUGGUUCUCCUCGGCCCUCACAGGCGCCGCCAUCUCCUCCCCACUUCAGCUGCAGUUACAGGAGGCGGUGCGGGAGUGCGCAGACCCUGGAGACGCAGACGCCACCCGGGACUCAGGGACCGCAGCUCCCAGCGUGUUCUGGAAACUCCAUCGGCUCCUCCAAGCCAUGCAGAGGGAGUUGCAGGAGGUGAAGUAGCAACUUUCGGGCCUUCACGAUGCUUACACAGAAGUGACCUUCCAGUGGUGUCUUCCGGGCUGUUGUAGAGACACCGCUCACUGCACCUGCGUGACAUCUGGGCACUUUGGGUCUUCUGAGCUGCGAGAUGCUAUUGCUGCUGCCUGUCCCCUUCGGCCAUGCCGAGUGUGCCCCCUCAUGCAGGUGCCAGUCUCUGACCUGUCACCCUUAUAAAACGGAAUGGAGACCACGCGUCCAGGGCGCGCUGCUUUCGCAGGGCUCAGUCUUUCCGACACCCGGCGUGCAGGUACUCUGCGAGGGCAUGUCUGGCUGUCAGA